AUGUCUGAUCGCACCCCUUCCACUUCCUUCCCAGCAGGACCGCUUUCACCCUCAUCACCCGCUGCCGGGUCUCUUCCCAAAGAGAACCGCCAGCUCCCCGUCUCCUCGGAUCACAUCCCUCAGACCCCGACAUCGCCUCCGUUGAUGUCGGCCAGCGAUCAAAACCAUGUCUCCAACUUUGCAUCCUCCCAAGCAUUACCGAAUCAAGCGACAAUCCACCCUCCGCACACCUCCUCUCCUCCCUCUUCCACGCCCAUGUCAACCCAGGUCUCUCAGCAGCCGACCAUGAGUACGACAAAUUCUUUCCCUACUCCUGAAAGCAGCGUGAGUGGCCAUCUGGCGAAUGCGACAUCAGCGGAGGACGCAGAUCACAAACCUUUCCACGCGGGAACACAGGACUCUCCGAGAAAUAUGGGGGACGGAUCAGAUCACCAAGCGACAGAACAUAGACGAACCGACCAUGACCGGGAGCCUUCAGCGACCGCUUCAGCAGCAGCCGGGGUACGCGACUUUGCGACUGGCCUUGGUCAAGACAUGGACGCUAUGGACGUGGACACAGAACGCGCUCCGCGGGGCGACACACGCAAUCUUGGCUUAGAUUCCCUUCAGAGGGAGUUUACUUCGGCUUUCCAUCUUUGCAAAAGCUCGCCUAUUGCGACUGGUCCGGAUCCCUCAUGGGACCUCAUUUCCCUUUACGGGCUUGGCUCGGUUGCGCAAUCGGUUGCAAGAAUCGACCCCGUGACGGGCGAGAAGAUCAAUCGGUUACGAAAAUCAUAUGAGGGGAAAGCGAAGGCGCUGGGAUUGGCAGGUAAAAACAAGCCUGUCAAGCAGGAGGUAGCCGCACCGGGCAGCUUGCGGUAUCUUUCGCUGUGGCCGGAGGAGGAAUGGCAGAACCAGAAGGUAUUUGGGAAGCCGAUCAAGAUUGCAGACAUGGACUCUGCGCUGCUCAGCCUUCAAACCAGUGCUAUGCAACUGCAACCUGGGAGUGUUCCGAAUAAUGACUUCUGGGAGGACGUUCUCGGUCAUGAGAAGCCCGCCAAGACCCCGGGCUCUGGCGAUAUUGCUAAGAAGGCUGGGCCCACUCCAAGUGGCCGAUCUCCCAUGCAGGCAGAUAUGCCUCUUGCGGCCUCUCAAGAACCCGCCGAGCGGGGACGAUCCAGCCGCGGCCGUAAGAGGCACUACGAUGAUAACAGCUUUGUCGGCUAUGGCGAAGGCUACGCGGAUGACGAUGAUGACACCGGUUUCUACUCUAAUGGCGAGGGCUCCGGGAAAAAGAAACGGAAGAAGGUUGGGUUCCACAAACUAUUCUCGGUGAUUCGAGAAUUUCGCGAACUAACCGUUUCUUAUCAGGACCAUGUUUCCAAAGUCUCGACCCCGCUCUCCGAGCGAGGCGGUAGCUACGGGGUCGGUAUGUUUGGCAUCGGUGCCAGAUAA